UCUUCCUCCUACUCUUAAAACGAAGUGAUAAGCUGUUCAUCGUUACUACUCUCUCAUUUAACGCAACAACGUGUUGUGUAGUCGUAGAUUAGCUUCGUUGGGAGUACAAGUUCGUCACGUGUGUCACACUGUCGUUCAUUCCUUCAUAUAUUCCUGUCGUGUGUGGAGUAGUAUACUUCUUCUAACUUGUGUCGCAUUGUGUCAUAGUCAUCGUUGCGUCACUGCACUUUCUUGAAGGCAUUGAACAAAAAAAUAAUAUAUUUUUCAUUACGAGGAAAGAACGUCAAAGAAAACACGAUGAUUGAGUAUCUUUUACAAGCACGUGGUCAUCAACGUAGUUCUUCAGAUACACAGGCAUUUCGUCAACGAACUAAGAUAGAUGCCGAGAAUGAAUUGCAACAGGAAUUAAACAAAUUGGUUGAUACCGCUCCCCCAAAUAGGAGAGAAGAAUUUGCUCGACAAUUCGAUGGAUUUGCGAAUCUUUUUAAACGAUUUUUAGAAGAAGAAGGCCCAUCUCUAGAAUGGGAUGGUAUUCAAAAAUUACCGGAACAUGCUAUACAUAAUUACAAUAGCCUUUCUGAUCCUAAUAAUGAAGAAGUCAAGGCUAUGUUAAAUAAAUUAAUAGUUGUUAAAUUGAAUGGUGGACUAGGUACAAGUAUGGGAUGCCAUGGACCAAAAUCAGUAAUAGCAGUUCGCAAUGGAUUGACAUUUCUUGAUUUAACUGUUCAACAAAUCGAGUACUUGAAUAAAACAUAUAAUGCGAAUGUACCACUUGUUUUGAUGAACUCAUUCAACACAGAUGAAGAUACUCAACGAAUCAUCAGAAAAUACAAAGGGAUAGAUAUUGAUAUUCAUACUUUUAAUCAAAGUUGUCAUCCUCGCAUUAAUAGAGACUCGUUUCUUCCUCUUGCACAACAUUGCAAUGUAAAUGAAGAUAUGGAAGCUUGGUAUCCUCCUGGUCACGGAGAUUUUUAUGAAAGUUUUAAGAAUUCUGGUCUACUGAAAAAAUUCAUUAAGGAGGGUCGUGAAUAUUGCUUUAUCUCGAAUAUUGAUAACUUGGGUGCGACUGUAGAUUUAAGAAUUUUGAAAUUGCUGCUAGAUAAAGGACACAGUUCCUCUCCAGAAUUUGUUAUGGAAAUAACUGAUAAAACAAAAGCCGAUGUCAAGGGUGGAACCCUUAUUCAAUAUGAGGAUAAACUUCGACUUUUAGAAAUUGCACAGGUUCCUAAAGAUCACGUAGAUGCUUUUAAAUCCGUGAAAACAUUUAAAUUCUUUAAUACCAACAAUCUCUGGGUUAAACUUGAUGCUAUUGAAAGAGUUUUGGUAAAUAAUUCGCUCAAUAUGGAAAUUAUUGUUAAUAACAAAACGCAACCUAAUGGUUUAAACAUUAUUCAACUUGAAACAGCUGUGGGUGCUGCAAUGAAAUCUUUCGAAGGAAGCAUUGGUAUAAAUGUACCACGUAGUAGAUUCUUACCUGUCAAAAAAACGUCUGAUUUAAUGCUUGUCAUGAGUAAUCUUUAUAUACUUCGUAAUGGAUCUUUAGUAAUGAGUCCACAACGAAUGUUCCCUACAACACCUCUUAUAAAACUAGGUGACAAUCACUUUUCAAAGGUAAAAGAAUUUCUUACUAGAUUUCCAACAAUACCAGAUCUUUUAGAAUUAGAUCAUUUGACAGUAUCAGGUGAUGUAACAUUUGGUAAAGGCGUUGCCUUGAAAGGUACUGUUAUCAUUAUUGCUAAUCAUGGAGAACGUAUAGAUCUUCCAUCUGGAACUAUCUUGGAGAAUAAAAUAGUUUCUGGAAAUUUACGUAUAUUAGAUCAUUAAUACAGAUUCACAUCUAUCUUGAUAGACUUGCACAAACUACUGAAGCACACAUAACUGCGAAUGCUUUCCUGAUAUUUUAGAUGAAUUUAACUAGUCAAAUAAGUUUGUACAUAAGGGUAUAUCAAAUGAGAUUUUACAAUUUUUGAAAUUAGAGAAUCUGAAAUGUAUGUAAAUGAAAUGAUUGUAAAAUAUAAAUGGCUUGAUG